ACAAUUUUGAUCGUGAAUAUGUACAGUAUCCACUCCAAUUUCUGCCAUCACGUAGUAGUGGUCACUGUAGGUGUGUGUGUGUUGGUGUACGAUUGGACCUUCUCCAUCUCAAUCCAUCCACAAUAAAUGCCAAUCUCACACCUGUUUUCUCUUCCACCGACGCUAAUCUCUCUCGAUUCUCGCUGUGUUCAUCUUACGACCUUCUAGAAUCUCCGAUUGCCGUAUUUACGAUGUCUUCCGGUAGGUAUAUGGCCUACUCGCCGUCUCCGUCAGCGCCUCACUCUCCUCAUAUCACCGGUUUUCGUUCUGUAGCUAUCGCCGAACAGGAGAAGUAUCUAUCAGAUUUACUGUCUGAACGCAACAAACUUAGUCCGUUUGUCCCUGUGCUUCAACAAUGUUAUCGAUUGCUGAAUCAGGAAAUAUUGCGUGUAAGCACGCUGUUGGGGAAUGCAUCAUUAUUAGAUCAAAGUGGGCUUGAACAUGCUAGCCCCCUGGCUUCAGGAGGAUUGUUUUCAAACGGAGGAGCUAACAUGAACAUGAACAUGAACAGAUGGACUUCACCAAUACAAUCAGAAAUGCCAUCUUUAUUGCAGUCAUCACCUGCGCAUAGCUGGCUUGGUUCGCAAGGCAGUUCAUCUGGUCUUAUUGUAAAGAAAACAAUCAGAGUUGAUAUUCCUGUGGCCACUUACCCUAAUUUUAACUUUGUUGGACGUCUCCUUGGGCCCCGUGGGAACUCUCUUAAACGAGUCGAAGCAAGUACUGACUGUCGUGUUCUUAUUAGAGGACGUGGGAGCAUCAAAGAUCCAGCAAAGGAAGAGAUGAUGAGAGGAAAACCAGGGUUUGAACACCUGAAUGAACCUCUUCACAUACUUGUGGAAGCAGAAUUACCAAUUGAUAUAAUAGAAGCUCGUUUGAUGCAAGCCCGUGAAAUACUUGAAGAUCUGCUUAGACCUGUGGACGAGACUCAUGAUUUCUAUAAGAAGCAGCAGUUACGGGAGCUUGCAAUGCUGAAUGGAACCCUACGUGAGGAUACGGGUCAAAUGUCUGGCUCGGUUUCUCCUUUCAACAACAGCCUCGGGAUGAAGAGAGCAAAGACCACAGGAUGAUGCAUAGGGUUGGAUUACUAGUGGGCUUUCAGAGCUUGCAUAUAACUGGUAUAUGCCUUGCCAAACAAACAAACAGCAUCUAUGGCUGCCUCCAACUGCCAUCGGGGCACCAGAUUAUAUUUGCAUCUUGUUCUACUAUAUGAGGUAUGAAGUUUGUCUCUCUUCUGUUUGGAGGGAACAGCUGGUUAUUAUUGUAGUUAACAAGACCAUAAGUUGAGAGUAAAAUUGUAUUUACCGUGCGUUUGUGUGUGUGUGUUUGAGAGAUUGUUUCUGAGAGUUUUGGUGUUGCAUGUGAGAAUUGUUAUAUAUUGGUUUGUAGUUUUGUAAUUUAGGCAAGAUUUAUGCCCUAUUGCUUGGGUUUUUGGACAUUCAGUAUCGAUGCCAUGUCGGAUCACAAAUUAGGACUCGUGAUAUGUGAUUUUUAUGUGUUUGCUGUU